AUGCCUUCUCAAUCUCAGAAUCACGCUCGCGCUAGCCCUAAGAAGAAGACAAAGCGUAAAGCUAUCGACUCUGAUGGGCAGCGUGUUUCAACAAAGAGAACGCGGGCUGGGGCUGAGGCACCCCUUGUGUUGCAGCCGACUUCUGAUGUCGCCAACUCUCAGGCUGUGCCCCCUCGACGUUCCGGACGUCAUGGUGCAGGACAAGGAGGCAGAGCCAGUCAACUAGAGAUAAUCGGCUCCACCUCUCUUGACUCGGAUGUUCCUAACAACCCGCUUGCUCCGGAGCCGCCUCGUAAGGGUCGUGGAAGCCACUCAAAGCAUAUCGUUCCCCCUGGCACAGAGCCUGACCUUCAAGCACUUAACAAUUCUUAUGUGGCUGCGGCCAGGGAGAAGCAGACUUCUUCAGCGACUUUAGGUACCACUGGACAUCUUCCCAUUGCUGUCGUCACCUCUGAAAACCAGCAUUCGGUGGUACCUUCAAAUCGCACAUUACCUGCACAUCAAUCCUAUGCUGACUCAGACUUGUAUCAGAACCUCGACCCUGCCCUUCGACCAGUCAAUGAUGAACCGAAGGCGGUGAUGGAAGUGCUAGCGAUGAAGAGGCAGAUCACACAGACUGACAAUGUUGGCUGGGGGGCAGCACAUGGGCGCAUGACUGCACAUCCUGGAUUCUCGAAGGAAGAUUUACCAUCCCAACCCCGCGUUGCCCUCGCGCUUCCAACCGACUUCGAAUUUCAACAUUCCCGCGAUGAAGGUGACAAUGAUGCGGAGAGAUCUUUGGUAGCAAAUAAUAGCUCCAGCGAUGAUGAUACUGUGACCCAGCCGGCUGAUCCCCAACCAGAUGACGUGUUACAACUUCACCACAAGAAAAAUGGACGCCCUCGCCUUCCUGAUCCUCAAUUUCUCGAACUCUUACAUCACGCCGAGACAAAGAAACCCAACCACAAGUCAAGCAACACACAAGCCAAGACUGCAUUGGCGAAAUCUGACGAACCAGGCGAAGGACCUAAAGCUACUCAACUGGGCUGGUAUGGUCCUCAGUUGGAAGAGCUUCCUCGAGGAUACGAAGGGCGAGUGCCAGCGUCCAACACGCGAUCGAGAACCCUAUUCCCGAAGCUGGUCAAAGACUUGACAGGUUCUGUCAACGAGGUACUCAUGGCCUCACUUGUCGAAUGGCUCGAAAGUGGUCAGCACGUCGAAGAGGGUAUCUGGCCUGAUCACAAGCACGAUAUGGCCAAGCUGCUGUAUGAGGAUUUAUCAACCUGGCGCUCAGACCUCAAGAAGAUUGUGAUUAACAUUGUGCCUUCUAUGUACAAUCUUAUCCCCCCACCCCACAUCCCCCCCCAACAACGUGCCGCCUGGGUCACAGCUGCCGCUGGGGAGUUGCUGGAGGAUGCUAAGUUUCUGCGCAAUGGUCUAGAUGACCUCGGCAAAACCCAAAACGCCGCUCAUCCCGCGCUUCGCGAGGCCGUUAUUUCUUUCUUUUACACAUCAUCUUACCGCGUCGCUCGCAGGAGGCCUGAAAUCUUCCGGACACAGUUACCACUCGAGUGCUUGGCAUUAGUUUGCACCGCGGUUAAUUGUGUCCUGGACGGCCUUGCUAAGAACGGCAGCGGAAAAUCAUUUCCGAAGUUUACCGCGAAGGAAUACGGGGAUCUUGGAACAUUCUUACCAUGGACCGAAGCUAGUGCAACAGCUCCGUUCCUGGGCUCGAGCUGGAUGGCAAGGGCUUUUAUUUCGGCGGAAUCCUACAAGGUGGAUGGCGGCUUCAAUGAUGCCGCGAAGCAUUCGCAUUUGAAAUUUGUCCUUGAUUGA